AUGGCCGCCGUGAUAACUGAUUUCGGCAGCGAUUUCGGUUCCGACUCGUCGCGAUCCCAUUACCAUCGCAGUCGGAAGAUGCGAGCUGGGUCUGGCCAUGAGCGAUCUCCUGCUGCAUCCCCAUACCGCCAAACCUCACAAUCGAGAGUCGAGCGUCGUCCUAGUAGUCCCCGACCAGUCCCGAUAGCAGCGGGCACGCCUCCGCCGAGUACGCCUUCGAGAGCAGUAGAGCAGGAAGCAAGUGAUAAUGUGGUCGAGGCAGAGACGGAGACGAUAAAGACGGAACCGCCACCAUCGCCACCGUUAAGCUCGAGUUCGAACACAGGGUCUUUCACGCGAAAUAGAUUUACCAGCCAGGAGAACUUUCCCCACUCUUCUACAUCGACCAGACAAUCCCCGUAUCCGGAAGAUGCAGCAGCGAGUAACAAACCACCUAUUAUCCUGGCAAAGCCCGAGGUAGAAUUUGCAGGACCGAGUUCAUUAGACGAUGUGAAGGGUUAUGCGGGGAAUACUAUAAAAGUGCGAGAUCUUGCACACAUACAGAGUUUUGCCACCGAGGAUUUCUUAUUGGGGGGGAAAUCUGGACGGAGGAGAGCAACAGACAACCCGGCACUGAAAUACGAGAUAAGCGGGAUGCCAAUUACAGAUAUCAUUGAAAUGGUAGCGGGGCUUCUCACCAAAAUCACAACCACAAACGACCAACAACACGAGACCUUGAACCGACCUAUACCCUCAGGCGAAAUUUCCUCAAACCUAAGCGGCCUUUCAUCCAGCGUCCUAGCCUUCCAUGGAAAAAACGUGCCCAGCAUCACCAUCCUCAGCUACCUAUCUCGAAUACAUAAAUACUGUCCCACAACCUACGAGGUAUUUCUAUCCCUCCUGGUCUACUUUGACCGCAUGACAGAGCGCGUCAACGCCGCUCCCAUGCAAGCAUUACGGCGGGAAUCCAUGGAUUUGGACAACUCGCGCCCCUCGACAGGCUACUCAGCAGACGGCUCUGACCUCGCAGACUCCUCAUCAAGCGGAAGUGGAGAUGGAGAAGAUCAAAGAUCAUAUACACAUACGGAAACCAGCCCCGUCAAGCCUUCGUUCCCGCUCUCACACUUCUUCGUCGUGGAUAGCUUUAAUAUCCAUAGAUUGGUUAUUGCAGGCGUCACGUGCGCGAGCAAGUUCUUUUCGGAUGUGUUUUAUACCAAUUCGAGAUAUGCAAAGGUCGGUGGUCUCCCCCUCCCCGAACUAAACCACCUCGAACUACAAUUCCUCCUCCUCAACGACUUUCGCCUCUCCGUCCCCGUCGAAGAACUAGAAGCCUACGGCACCAUGCUUGUAGAAUUUUAUGCGCGCGAAGUGAUUGCACAGCGUGAUGCUGAUUCCGCAUAUGCCCCGUGA